CAAAAAACAUGGUGGUCUUUAGUCAUUUUUUUGAAACUUUGACCUCCUAAACUCCGAUUUUCCACCCCUAAACACGAAUCUGACGUCUGGCAAUUAUCAUCAGAAUGUUGGGCAGCAUAUGGAACUUUUUGAAGAGGCACAAAAGGAAGUUCUUCUUUACUGGGGCAGUUGUUGGAGGUGUCUUUGUUUUUAGAAAAUAUGUACAAUGGAAAGUGAAAGAAUUCCAGGAUAAAGAGACUGCAGAUUGCUUAGCCAAUGCAAGGAGACAGCAUCACUUCGAUAGUAACCAGAGGACAUGUAACACAACAGUCUUGUCUAUGUUACCUGGCCUAAGGGAAGCGAUUAUGAAGCUACUGGACACAGAGGCCUUGGCCUGCAAACUGAAAAACAGGCCGUCUAACAAGUUGGAACUGUGGGAAGACUUGAAAAUAAAAAGUUUUACGCGGACAUUUGUUGCAAUAUAUUCUUCCUGUGUUCUGGUUUUGGUCCUCCGAGUUCGGCUGAAUAUCAUUGGUGGAUACAUGUACCUGGAUAAUUUGCUCAACAGAAACGGAACUACAAAAGACUUGGCAGUUGCUUCUCAGGAAGUUCAGCAGCGUUAUCUUGAAAGUAUCCAUUACAUCCUGGGGCAAGGUUUAGAGGACUUGGUGGCAGCUGUAACCAAGGCUGUGGAGGAGGUUGUGGGAUGUAUAUCAUUAAAGGGUCCACUAAGUAUCUGUGAUAUUGAAAACAUUGUUAGGAAAACAAGACAGAAGCUGGAAUACUGGCAAGAAAAUGGUUACUAUGACAGCACAACAACUAGUCUCUAUAGAUUUAUGCUGCCACCAGAAAAUACACUACUAAUGGCCCGGUACAUCAGCAGAGAUGAUCAAAUUCUGGACAAAUUAUCAAAGGAAACCCAAGACAUGAUAGAGAGUGCUGAUUUCAACACUGUCCUCACCCUGUGCCUUGACAGAAGUUUCUCCCGACUGACAGACACCAUAUCUGAACAGUUUCGGCACUCCUGUGGGGAUACCUCUGCCAUACCUAAUCCAGUUGAAACGACACUACCAAUGGCUAAAGUCAUUCCAAUCAUAAGCGGCCUCAUUCAUGCAGUUCUGUCUGAUAUGCCAAAUGAAUUUAUACAGGAAUUGUUACUGAUCGACCAAGUCAAGAACUUUGCUGCCAAUAUUUACGAAGCUUUCAGUCAGGAAGAUGAAGAGACAGCACGCCAACAAGUCUUAUGAUGUGCUUCACAGUUGCAUCUAUUUCUAAGUGCCAUGUUUUGAAAGUCUUUCGUCCCCUUAAAAUCUAUUUCAUAAGGACUGGGGCCAAUUCAAGAAAAUGUAAAAUUCAUCUAAAAUCAAAAAGUGAUGGAGAAGCACUUUCCAACAAAUAGACAUGUCAUUUGAUUUUAGUUGUCAACAUUUUGGGACAGUUUUGUACCAUUUGAAUCGUUGGAAGUUGCAGAGUUGAAAAACGAUAUUCUUUUUUUUCUUGAAGCUGGAUCUCCCUGGUCCGCUGUAAAUUAAGUUGAUCAAGAUAAAUAGAAUCAAAAUAAUUGCAUAAUGAUUAUUUUCUGGUGAUUAACUUUUGGAUAAUUUGGCCGUCCAAUGGUAGACUUGACGAAUGUAGCAUAAAAAUGGUGUUCUGUACCAUGUUUAUUGUAAACAGUUUCCAAGAUUUUGAAUAAUACAUGUAGUUGGCAGGAUAUACUGUUACUAAUGUAUCUGUGAAGAAGAAAAUCAGACUGUAUGAAGAAGUUGACAGUAUUGACAAUGUAAAAUAUUUUAGGCCUCUUUUUGGCUGAGCGGUUUUGGUGUAUCAACCAUAACCGUUUUACUUUGUAUAUAAUGCUUAUAUUUGUUAACAUCCCAUACAAUGUACUGUAUUCAUCCUUAUUCAGCUAUCAAUUGGACGAGGGUCAGUAAUACCUUCCAGUUUACGAAUUGGUCUUGUUCAAGAGCAGACAAGUUAAUCUACAUUCAGUCUGACUGCUACAUCGUCAUCUUUGUACAUUGUAUAUCAUUACCUACCAGACAUGGUGUUCAUUUCCCGUCAUGUACAUGUACAAGUAAAUACCAUAAUUUGUAAAUAUUGAACAAAUCAUGUCCAUAAUUUCCGUGAAUUUUAUCCAAUAAAGGUUAUUUAUAAAA